AUGAUUUUGCAGGAAUUAGCCUUGAAAAAGGGCAGACAAGUGGCUGGUCAUAAUAUACAAUUUUGGGCGAAGCGCAGAAGGCGUUCUGAAUAUAUUUUGGAUAAUGGGCUGAGGAGUUAUGGAUCUGGCAAGGUGCCCGUCAAUCAAUUGAGACAGGAGCUUGCGAAGGAGCAUGUGAAGGAUUUAUCAAAUCAGCAGAAAGCUAAGAAGAAGGCAAGGGCUAUUGACAAGGACUUCUUUCUAUCCGUACUGGGUUCAUCUGCCACGAAAAGAGAAGCUCGCUCCUAUAUUCAACGAUUUACCCCAGCCGAAGAGCCACCCUCAAGUACAAAACUCUCCCCCACGAAAGAACGAUCAUGUGGUGUCAACUUGGGAGGAUUCUAUGGGCCAGCGGCUGUUCAAGAAAGUCCACGAUUCAUACAGCAGCCCGAGAAGCUUCCAAAAGUCUCGCUAGGACCACAACUUCAUGUUGCUUUGGUGAAGAUAAGAGCUCCACAGACUUUGGAUGAUGAGACACUCAGUGGAAUUGGAAGGACGUUAGCACAACUUGCUCGACUUGGAUUGAUCAGUGUGGUAGUUGUCGAUUGCAAUAACACAGGUUCGUUAUCACGGGAAGGGGAAAGAGAUACGGAUUGGCGGACACUCGAGAUAGAGCAGGCAAGCCGUCUUAUUGCCGCAAUAGACGCCAAUGGGGAAACUGGUGCCAGGCUUGUUGAUAAUGUUAUCGGCGUCACGGAGGAACCUGUCAGACCUGAAUUCAAGCACACCAGCGCCUAUAUUACCCUCCGCAAGCUACUUAUGACUCCAUUAAGACGCAGUAUCAUUCCAGUUAUUCCCUCAAUUGGAUAUACUGAUGUAUCCCAAACAGCUGUGCCUGUUCUGGCCACUGAUAUCGUUCUAGCUCUUACCAAAGAACUGGCUGGUCUUCCAACAGAGCUCUUGCCUGACGAAGAUCCCAAUGUUGUUCAAGAACGUCUCAAGGCUCUUAGGAAGGAAGUUUCACUCGAUCGGCUUAUUGUUUUGGAUCCUCUUGGGGGCAUUCCAUCGACGGACCGAAACAAUGGCUACCAUGUGUUUUUAAACAUGGAGCAAGAGUUCGAGCCAGCCAAGCAGGACCUACUUAAAGGACUGUAUCCUAAUGGUCCCAAAAAUGCUCUGCAUGCUCAAGCUAGAGAGGAACAAACAUCUGAUCUGAGCCUCAGCCACCCGUUGUCCAAGUUCGUUGAAACCGAAUUCGGUGGCUCCAAGCUGUUGGCUCAUGGACCAGGGCAGGACAGCACGGAGCAGCCAAAACCUGAUAACUGGUAUCACCUCCAGAACCUUCAACUAGUCCGAUCAGUUCUCUCGUUGCUACCACCUAGCUCUUCGGCUCUCUUGACCACGCCAGAAGAGGCAGCCAACUCCGGAAAAGAUGCGCCAUUUCAGGCAGCAAGAGUUGGUACUAGACGUCAGCGAAAUCCUUUGAUUCACAACCUACUCACAGACAAGCCUGUGUUCUCGUCAUCGCUUCCUGCUGGCCGCCUCGGCCCUCAAGCUUCUACGAGCGAGGUCGUAUCCCCAGCAGAAAGUAUCACUCCGACAACAUUUGCAAAGCAUGGGAUGUCAGUUACUAUAUUCCCAAAUCCAAAAUUUGGUCGCUGGAAACCACCAACACCCGGCCGGUCUCAGCUAACACUGACGGACUCACAAAUUGAUCUUCCUCGUCUAGUCCACCUAAUCGAGGAUUCCUUUGGCCGUAAACUUGACGUCAAGGAAUAUCUCAAGCGAGUUAAUGGCCGAAUCGCAGGUGUUAUCAUUGCAGGCGAAUAUGAAGGAGGUGCUCUUUUGACCUGGGAAACUCCGCCAGGUGUAAAGGAUGACGGAUCUCCGGAGAGUAGAGCGAGGAUGGUGCCAUAUCUCGAUAAGUUUGCAGUACUGAAGCGAGCACAAGGUAGUGGUGGAGUUGCGGAUUUGAUUUUCAAGGCAAUGGUAAGGGAUUGCUUCCCGGAAGGGUGUGUCUGGCGUUCAAGGAGAAAUAACCCGGUCAACAAGUGGUACUUUGAGAGGUCUCGUGGCACAUGGAAGCUACCUGAUACUGGAUGGACGAUGUUCUGGACUACACCGGAUUUGAGCUUGGACAAACAGUUGUUCCUGGAUUAUGAGGGCGUUUGCAAAGGAAUUGAGCCUUCUUGGGCAGACAAUAAGUCUGUUUUAGACUAG